AUUUUCCUUUUCUUUUUUCGCCACCAAAUUCUCUCUCAUCUUUCUCUUUCUCACUUUACUUUUCCUUCAUUUUACUUUUUCUCGUUUACCAAACACUCUAUUUUCCUAUUCUCUCUCCUUCCUCUCGUCAUCUCUAAAAAGCUCUGGUAAAAUUUCUGGUUCUGGCUGCGAAUGUGAGUCGCGGAGAGAUCGGAGACUGCCACAUUAGUGCCUUCAAUGAGUUUUUUUGGUUAGUUUAGUGUUGAAGCUGCGUAUAUUAUUACUAAAACAAUGGAUACUAACAAGGCAUGGCUUUGGAAAAAGAAAUCCACAGAGAAGAGCACUGUUGCGACUGAUAAACCUUUGAAAGGGAACGAUGAGAUACAGGCACUUCUGGAUGAGAAAGUGGAAUUGGAGCAGAACUUGAAAACUUUAAACGACAAACUUUCAUCUGCUCUCUCAGAAUGCAACUCUAAAGAUGAACUUGUAGAGAAACAUGCAAAAGUGGCACAGGAAGCUAUGAGGGGCUGGGAGAAGGCAGAAGAAGGUGCAGCAUCUCUGAAGAUGCAACUGGAAGAAGCUUUGCAGCAGAGAGUUGCUAGGGAAGAAAGAGUAGGUCAUUUAGAUGCAGCCCUCAAGGAAUGUAUGCAGCAGCUGCGAUUUGUUCGAGAUGAGCAACAACAAAGGAUUCAUGAUGCUGUAGUGAAGACUUCAAGGGAAUUCGAGAAAACCCAGAAGGUUUUAGAGGAGAAGUUAGCUGAAACAAACAAAAGGCUUGCCAAGAUAAUUGCUGAGAAUGCUCAUCGUGGCAAGACGCUUGUGCUGAAGGAAAAAUUGAUAGAAGAAUUGAAUAGACAGUUGAGUCAGGUGGAAGCAGAUUUCAGCUCACUAAUGAAUAGGUUAGAAUCCACUGAAAAAGAUAACGCUGCUUUGAAAUAUGAGGUUAGAGUGCUGGAGAAAGAGCUUGAGAUCCGUAACGAGGAGAGGGAAUUCAAUCGUCGAACUGCUGAUGCAUCACACAGGCAGCACUUGGAGAGUGUGAAGAAAAUUGCAAAGUUAGAAUCAGAGUGCCAGAGGCUCCGCCUCCUGGUCCGGAAGCGACUUCCAGGUCCUGCUGCCUUGUUGAAAAUGAAAAAUGAAGUUGAAUUGCUGGGAAGGGAUUCUAUUGAAAUGAGAAGAAAAUCAAAUCCAUCUGGCUUAAUGUUCGACUCCAUGGGAAGCAACUCCUUAGAAACACACAGCAAAAGGAUUAGCAUACUUACUGAGCAGUUAUGUGCUAUGGAAGAAGAAAACAAAGCUCUCCGAGAUGUGCUCAUUAAAAAGACAAAUGAACUCCAAUCCUCAAGAAACAUGUCCCCCCGAACAGCUUCCCAACUUUCACAAGCUGAGUUCGAAGAAUCUUCGAAAGGUCUAAUGUUAACAGAGCCAAGAAGAAAUAGUUUUGUGUCACACGAGUUCUCUCUUGCAUCAAUGUCUGAGAUUGACAGUGAUGAUAAGGCUAGCUGUGCUGAAUCGUGGGCUUCUGCUUUAAUUUCAGAAUUGGAACACUUUCGAAAUGAAAAACAGAAAGGAUCACUGUCAAAAAGAGUUGGAGCCUUAGACAUAAAUUUGAUGGAUGACUUUGUUGAAAUGGAAAAACUAGCUGUAGAUUCUGUCAACAAAACAGCCAGUGAGAAUUCCUCAGAAGUAGUGGGUAGUCAAAUAGUUCCAGUUUCGGACAGUGAAUCAGGAUUCAGCAUGUCAAAUCAAGAAAUUAAACACUCUUUCAAUGGGGAUUUCCCUGUUUGGCUUCAAGACGCUUUAAAACUGGUAUUGGAGCAAAACCGUGUGACAGGAAGAAACUUCGAAGAGAUUAUUGAGGAUAUUAGAUUAGCUUUGGUGCAUAGGACGCUUCCAAAGCCUGGUGAACUUGCUCUUACAAGGGAAGACUCAAAUAAUUUUGAUGAAUCUAAUCUCUCUCAUGUUAGAGGCAAUGAUACAUUAUUAGAUUCAAAGAAAUCAUUAGAAAUGGAUUCAUCCAGUGGAGGGAUUGAUGUGAGCAUCUCACAAUCAGAUAAGGGCAAUCAGCAGGUCCAGCCAGAUAUGAGUAAAUUCAUCUGCAAAAUGAUUGAGCUUAUUGAAGGGAUCAGUGUACCGUCUGACUUGAAGAAUUCAGAAUCGCCCACAGGCUACAUGGUCCGUGUCCUCCAGUGGAAAUCUUCUGAACUCAGUGAAGUUCUACAGCAAUACGUGCAUGCUUGUUAUGAUCUAUUGAAUGGAAAGGCUGAUGUUGGAAAAUUUGUGGAAGCCUUGACUUCGUCUCUGGAAUGGAUCAUAAAUCACUGCUUUUCUCUUCAAGAUGUUUCAAGCAUGAGGGAUGCCAUUAUAAAGCAAUGUGAUUGGGAUGAAUCAAGGAGUGAAACUGAAGCAGAAGCCGGAUUUAUUGGUCACUUCACAGAAGCAGAAAGAGCACACAUUCUGAGACAACAGUUGUUACAUUUGCCAUCGGCUGCUGUUGAUUCGAGUGGCCAUAGUAUUCAAGCAGAAGAACUAAAGUCUGCUAUGGUAGAAGAAAGCAGAAUAUUGAAGGAUGAAAAGAAAGAAUUGGAAGGGAGACUUCAGUCGGCUACCGAGAUGAGAGAAAACCUAAUGAAGCAACUUCAGGAAUCUAGGAAGGUCAUUGAAAGCCUGCAAACAGAAUUGCAAGAUUUCAAAAAAUCAAAGGAGAUGAUUGCGGAUCAAAUUGAAACUCAAAAGAUGAUGAAUGAAGAUCUUGACACACAGUUGAAUGCGGUAAGAGGAGAGCUGAUCGAAGCUCGCCAGAACUUUUCGUCUCUAGAGGUUGAGCUGGAUAACAAAAACCACUCUUUUGAAGAAUUGCAGGCUACAUGUGUCGAGCUACAACUUCAGCUUGAAAGUUUUAAAAAGGAAAGCUCAGACGCCGAUCUUAACGAGGAACAAAAGCAAAUUCGAAGUGAUCAGGAGAUAACAGCUGCAUCAGAAAAGUUAGCAGAGUGCCAAGAGACUAUCAUAAGCCUUGGGAAGCAGUUGAAGGCAUUGUCUACACCAAAAGAAGCUGUCCUCUUCGAUAAAGUCGUCGUUAAUCCAAGUAACACUAAAACCGUCACUAACACCAAAACUCCAACCCUAAAUGAAGAUAAGAACACCAAUCAUAGAACGUCCCUACUAGAUCGAAUGCUAGCAGAAGACGGCGCUGCAACCAAGACUACUAAAUCGCCGGAAACCAAAGAAAUUGACAACAACUCCACUACUACCGCCACUACUAAAUUAGGCUCUCACAAGGUAAUAGAGCCAUUAGAGAACAUCAUUUUUCCUAACGGCAAAGAACAAGAUAAGAAUAAUGUUGCAGUUGAUAUGUUAGCUAUUGUGCCUUCCAAAAAACAUGGUGGUGGGAGUUUGUUGAAGAAGCUACUUUGGAGAAAGAAGAAAGGUAGUAAUAGCAAGAAAACUCCUAUUCCUUUUCCUUCAUAAUGGAAAUUAUUAUAAAGCAAGUGAUGUCAAUGUGUGCUGAUCAUGUUCGUGUUCCUACAGCUGUGGUUUGGUUUGUAACUAGUUCGAAAGUUGAAGAAAUAAAAUAAUAAAACAAAAAAAAGCUUAAUUUUGUUACAA